AUGUGGGCAUAUUUAUAUAUUAAAAUGCUAUUGUUCAUGUAUUUCAUGUUGUUGUAUUCCUACUUUUCUUCUGCUUUGUGUCAGUUACAGGGACACUUUCAUCUUAAUGGUAGGCAUCAGGGUGGAGAUGUGCUUCUAGGGGGGCUAUUUGGGAUGCACUUUUAUUCUGUCUUUCCUGACCUGUCUUUUACCUCAGAGCCGCAACAGCCUACCUGCCAUGGCUUUGAUAUUCUAGGAUUUAGGCAGGCCCAGACCAUGGUCUUUGCUAUUGAUGAGAUUAACAGAAACUCCAACCUGCUACCUAAUGUGACUCUGGGAUACAGUCUGUAUGAUAACUGCAUAAAACUGCGGAUAGGAUUUCCAGCUGCAAUUUCUCUGGUCAGUGGUCAAGAUGAGCAGUUUACAUUAGACGAGACCUGUGAGGGAAAUCCUCCAGUCAUAGGGAUUGUGGGUGAUCCUUCUUCGACAAGUUCUAUUGCCAUCUCCUCUGUCUUGGGUUCAUACAGAGUACCUAUGGUGAGUUAUUUUGCCACAUGUUCCUGUCUGAGUGACCGGCAAAAGUUUCCAUCCUUCUUUAGGACAAUCCCAAGUGAUGCCUUCCAGGUGCGCGCUAUGAUUCAGAUUCUUAACCACUUUGAAUGGACUUGGGCUGGUCUGCUGGUCAGUGAUGAUGACUACGGACUCCAUGCUGCUCGAUCCUUUCAAUCUGACCUGGCGCACUCUGGUAGAGGUUGUCUUGCCUACUUAGAGGUUUUGCCUCAUGGCAAUCACCAAGAUGAAACCAGGAGAAUCGUGGAUGUGAUGAAGAAAUCCACAGCUCGUGUGGUCAUUGUGUUUGCACAUGAAAGUUACAUGAUUAAUCUCAUGGAAGAGGUGCUGAGGCAGAAUGUGACAGGCCUGCAAUGGAUUGCCAGUGAAGCCUGGAUAGCAGCUACUGCAUUCCAGAUCCCCAACCUCAUGUCACACUUCGCAGGCAUACUAGGCAUUGCCAUCCGUCGAGGGGAAAUACCAGGGCUCAGGGAAUUCCUCCUACAAAUACGUCCUGAUCAACACCACAACAACCAAUAUGGAAAUAAUAUAGUUAAACUGUUUUGGGAAUAUACAUUUCAGUGUAGAUUUGCACCACCUCCAGCAGGUUGGGUGGAAGCUGGUGGAGCAUUAUGUACUGGACAGGAAAAUCUAGAGGAUGUGGAGACUGAGUUGUUGGAUGUUUCCAAUCUCAGGCCAGAAUAUAAUGUAUACAAGGCUGUGUAUGCUCUGGCUUAUGCCCUUGAUGACAUGUUGCAGUGUGAGCCAGGGAGAGGCCCUUUCAGUGGGCACAGCUGUGGAAAUUUGCAAAAACUGGAGCCAUGGCAGCUUCUGUAUUACUUGCAAAAGGUCAACUUCACCACAUCAUUUGGUGAUCAAGUGUCAUUUGAUGAGAAUGGUGAUGCCUUACCAAUAUAUGAUAUUAUGAACUGGCUGCAGCUCCCUGAUGGAACAACAAAACUUCAAAAUGUGGGUAAGGUUAAGAGGUCAGCCUUCAAAGGUGAAGAACUUACAAUUGAUGAAGAUCAAAUCUUCUGGAACUUUGAAUCAAAAAAGCCACCCCGCUCAGUGUGCAGUGAAAGCUGUCCUCCAGGUACCCGCAUGGCCAGAAGGAAAGGGGAACCUGUGUGCUGUUUUGACUGCAUCCCUUGUUCUGAGGGGGAGAUCAGCAAUGAAACUGACUCUGUAGAUUGUAAGAGCUGUCCAGAGGACUUCUGGUCCAGCCCCCAGCAUGACCAGUGCAUUCCAAAGAAAACAGAGUUUCUCUCCUACCGUGAGCCUCUGGGUAUCUUCUUGACUACAACCUCAUUGCUGGGCACAAGUGUCUGUGCUGCUGUCCUGGGCAUCUUUAUCUAUCAUCGUAGCACACCCAUAGUACGUGCCAACAAUUCAGAACUGAGUUUCCAACUACUGCUGUCACUUAAGUUAUGUUUCCUGUGUUCAUUGCUGUUUAUUGGCCAUCCCAGGUUGUGGACAUGCCAGCUGAGACAUGCAGCAUUUGGGAUCAGCUUUGUGCUUUGUGUCUCAUGUAUUUUGGUAAAAACCCUGGUGGUUCUAGCUGUGUUCAAGGCCUCCAAGCCAGGAGGUGGAGCCAGCCUGAAGUGGUUUGGUGCAAUACAGCAGAGAGGGACAGUUAUUUUUCUCACUUUUAUUCAGGCCACAAUCUGCACUGCCUGGAUUGUAUCUGCCCCCCCAGCUCCCCAUAAAAACACUCAAUACUACAAUGAUAAGAUAGUUUAUGAGUGUUCAGUUGGCUCCACCAUUGGUUUUGCUUUGUUACUGGGUUAUAUUGGCUCACUGGCUAUCCUCAGUUUUCUGAUGGCAUUUAAAGCAAGAAAUCUUCCAGAUAGUUUCAAUGAAGCCAAACUCAUCACUUUCAGCAUGCUGAUAUUCUGUACUGUAUGGGUGGCUUUUAUCCCUGCUUAUAUCAGCUCACCGGGCAAAUAUGCAGAUGCAGUGGAGGUAUUUGCCAUCCUGGCCUCCAGUUUUGGGCUCUUGGUAGCACUGUUUGGACCCAAAUGUUACAUCCUCCUUCUCAGACCAGAGAGGAACACAAAGAAAGCAAUAAUGGGUCGGGCUUCCAGCCAUAAUAAUGGCAAUUAAUUUGAUAGACAGAAUGAAUACCUUUUUUUGAGCACAAUACAACAAUUAAUGGUGAUGCCACAUAACUGUGACUGAUAUGUAAUAUAGAACAUUUCAAACUGAGGUGUUUUUUCAGGUUACAGGUAAA